GGCUGUUCAUAUCUCAGCUGCGUUAUAGAUCGCGUCUCGUAUCUCCCUCGGGCUUCAGAAUGGCGUCUCCGUCACUCCCCGCAGCCGAGAAGUCAACAGUCUUGGUCUUUGGGGCCGGAAACUUUGGGAGCUGCCUUGCCGACCACCUCGGAGAUUCCUCGCACAAGGUCUACAUGUGGUCGCGCUCCGAGGAACUCGUCAAACACUUCAAUCAGUGUCAUCGCAACGUAGAAGUCCUCAAGGAUCACGCUUUCGCGGAAUCAAUUACCGCGGUCGGACCCGAGUUCCCUUCAUCGGAACUAAUUCAAAACAUGGAUGUGCUGCUCUUUGCUAUCCCUACGGAAGGUGUCAGAGAGACCCUGACCGCGUUGAAGCCAACAUUGGAUGAAAGCAAACUGCCUCUGCUCAUCUUCGUCAAUAAGGGUGUUGAGAUCAAGACUCGUGCACUGACUCUCGAGAUCAUCGCCGACACCUGCGGACCUGAAGUAGCGAAGGUCGCAACGUUCAUAUCGGGACCUUCGUUUGCCACAGAAAUCGUCAGAAGACAGCCGACGUCAGUAUCCGUGGUGUCGCUGUCACCGUCUCAUGCCGAGCAGGCAUCGCAAUUGUUCCACCAACCUUGGUUCCGCUGUUACACUGGCGAUGACCCGAUUGGCGUCGAGCUCGCGGGCGCCCUGAAGAACGUCUAUGCCAUCGCGGCGGGGAUGGCCGCUGGCCUCGGCUUCGAGAACAACACGAGGGCGAUGCUCAUCACGAGGGGUCUUGCCGAGAUGACACGGAUUGGGACGGCGUACGGUGCCUCGCCCUUGACCUUCCUGACUCUCGCGGGCGUCGGAGACCUGUUCCUCACCUGCAGCUCGUCGAACAGUCGAAACUAUACCGUCGGCUUCAGGUUAGGGAAGGGCGAGAAGCUGGACCACAUCAUCAAAACAUUGGGCAGCGUGGCAGAAGGUGUUACCACGGCGAAGGGCUUGAAAGCCAUUGUCGACGAGUUGGGCGUAGUGGCGCCGAUAGCAUCAGGGGUGUACGAUGUGUUGUACGAAGGAAGGGCGGUCCCGGAGCGCGCGAACGAGCUGCUGUCUCUGCCGUCCAUCCGCGAGCUGGAUCUGUCCGUCGAAGGCGGCAAGCCUGCGAAACGUCUAAUGGCGAAGCUAGGCCUGGAGGCAGAUGUGUAAAUGAGUGCCCUUACGGCCGCAAUCUACGUGCUUGUUUGCUUCCA